UCGCCCGGCCCGCUGCUGCCACCGCGCUUCUACCCGCGCUACGUACUGCCCCUCGCCUUCGGCAAGUACUUCGCGUCCGUGUCGGCGCACGUCAGCAUCUGGAAGGUGCCAGUGUCCUACGCACACACCGUCAAGGCCACCAUGCCCAUCUGGGUGGUCCUCCUCUCCCGGAUCAUCAUGAAAGAGAAGCAGAGCACAAAGGUGUACUUGUCACUCAUCCCCAUCAUCAGCGGCGUCCUGCUGGCCACUGUCACCGAGUUGUCGUUUGACAUGUGGGGGCUCAUCAGUGCUCUUGCUGCCACGCUGUGCUUCUCGCUUCAGAAUAUUUUCUCCAAAAAGGUAUUGAGAGACUCACGGAUCCACCAUCUGAGGCUACUGAACAUCUUGGGCUGCCAUGCCAUCUUCUUCAUGAUCCCCACAUGGGUCCUGGUGGACCUCUCGGCUUUCCUGGUCAGCAGUGACCUGACCUAUGUGUCCCAGUGGCCCUGGACGCUCCUGCUUCUGGCUGUCAGUGGCUUCUGUAACUUUGCCCAGAACGUCAUUGCCUUCAGCAUCCUCAACCUCAUCAGCCCUCUGAGCUACUCAGUCGCCAACGCCACCAAGAGAAUAAUGGUCAUCACAGUGUCCCUGAUCAUGUUGCGGAACCCGGUCACCAGCACCAACGUCCUGGGUAUGAUGACGGCUAUCCUGGGGGUCUUCCUGUACAACAAGACCAAGUAUGAUGCAAAUCAGCAAGCACAGAAGCACCUCCUCCCCAUCACGACAGGGGAUCUGAGCAGCAAGGAGCACCACCGGAGCCCCCUGAAGAAGCCCCACAACGGUGUCCUCUUCCCCCAGCAUGGGGACUAUCAGUAUGGCCGCAACAACACCUUAACAGACCACUUCCAGUACAGCCGGCAGAGCUACCCAAACUCAUACAGUUUGAACCGCUAUGAUGUGUAGAGCCUAGAGGAUAGGGUGGGUCGUUCUGCAGCUUCCCCCAAACCCACCCAUCCCCAGCACUACCAGAAACUUCUGACAACCAGUGAAUGUAAGCCCAGCUGAGGGUAUGGUGCACAACUAUCAGAAGACCCUGGGGUUCCCAGCCUCCCAGGGCAGCAGGAUGCCCUCCCUGCAAUGAGGACCACCACCCUUGAGCUCUGGUGUUCCAUGCCCUUUCUUCCUGGAGUUUGUCAUCUGAGGGCAGUGGCACUAUGAAGAUCUUGGCCGGGUGUUACCUUUCUGUGUAGACUUAAUCCCCAAGUCAUGUAUUUCACAGUUCUUGUUCUGCUUCUCAGAUAGCAUUUCCAGAUAAUCCUCUGGAAAGGCGGAAUCGUUGUGGAUAUAGACCCUGGAAUGGGCAAGGAGAUGGACUCAGUUUCCCCGUCAGCCCAUGGCUAUUUGCAAUUGCUGGCAAACGCUCUCAAAUGAACAGCCAUUGUGUUUAGCAUUGAAUUCUUGGAGGCUGAUUCUUUAACCUACAAGUCAGAGUUGUGUGUUGGGAUCCAGAGGAAACAGCAGAGCAGGGCAUUGCUCCUCUUAAAGCGGUAAGGAGGAGGAGACUGCGGGGCUGGGAGAAGGAUCACUAGGAAAUCAUGCUAAGUGUUUAAAGCUCUGUUUCUGACUCUUUUGUCUCUUCUGGUGGGUCUUCACUGCUGUGACGGCUUAGCAGGAUGUCUGGGAGAUGUUGAUUUCAUGACGAUCUCUCAUUUUUGUGGGAAUGUUUUGGAGUUGUAUUUACGUCUUGGUCCCCAGAAGGGGAUGCAUAAGGACUGGCUUAUUGAUUGAAAACCCUUUUGCUUUUAAAUGUUUAAAAACUAGAAAAGUUCCCCUGCUGAUGCCUGUCUGAUACAUAUCAGCAUUUGGUAGGAAACGGUGUUGAGAAGCACCUUUCAAAUGACCACAAUGGCUGAAAACAGAAUGAAUCAAGAAUAUUAUCUGGAUGGUUUGUGUGACAGACAAGAGCACAGUGCUUUGAUUCUAUGGCCUAUUCUUUUGGUGCUUACAUUGGGAUCUGAAUCAUGUCCUGGUGAAGGGGGGAAGAGGCGAGCACCAAGCUAGGAUCUGGUUUGUCAAAUCAGAUGCUUUGGUCAAGAAAAAGUUGUUUUAAAAAAAGAAAAUAUAGGAAAAGUUAGUUUUGGCAGGUUCACACGAUAACCUGUGCGCCAAGGUCCAGGUGGGGGUUUCUGUCUUUCCUGGCAUCAGGAAAGGCUGUAUCCUCCCUCCUGGAAGGGAUCACUGACUGGGCUGGUGGGGCCUAUGGCGAUGGCUGCUUUUCCUUUAGCACCGUCCCCAACAGAUGGGACAGGAGUCAUCCUUUUCCUCCUGGUGAGACAUUUUUGCCACUCAGAGAGUAAAUGAUGUAGCUUAUGCUUGACUCUUGGUUUGUUUUUGAUAAUUGGAAUUUUGUAUUGAAGAGGUUUCUUUUUGUCAGCUCCCACUGGGCCACUUUUAGAGGGGUCUCGGAUGCCUUCUGGCCUGUAAGUUUAUGAACCACCAGCCUCAGGAGUCCCUGUUUGUUGUCUGUUGUUUGCUUGCUUUCUAAUUACUUUGGCCCCAAGUUUCUAGAUGAUUGCUAUGUGAAAUCUGAAAAGGGGCAAUCCUGAAGGGUGUAAUUGGUGAUGAGCUUGCUGAGUGCCUUCACCAGAAGCAGUCAAGUCUACAGUUGAGUUUUUCUCAAAUCUUUGUAACAAAUGUGGAUAAUUUUACACUGCAAAGAUAUUGUGGUGGUUGUCUUUAUGAUUAGAGUAACUGACUCCUUGAACAUAUAAUUGAACUCCAAAAUGAAUUAGGCCUCCAUUCAGGUUUAAUGAAAUUUCCAGUAUUGCUGAAAUUUGCGUAUGUUUCUUUUCCUUUCCAAUGCAAAAUCUGCUGGUGAGGGGAAAUGACUGGUUUUAUUAAGGUUUAUAAAUUAAUAAAUGGGAUAUUUAAUUAUUUACAUAAAUUUACAGUAAGUACAUACACUGGAAUGAGUGAGACAAUCAUAUUAGACCAAAUCAUCAAAUCAAGACAAAGACAUACUUUUGAGACUUGACAGUUCAGAGCUGACUGAUCCCUUGAAGGCUGGUUUUCUAGCCACUUAUUGCCCUGGUCUGCUACCCUCCUCCUGCCUCCCACGUUCACAUUUGCAGCUGUUCCCCUCACACUCCUCACCUUUGGGGUUUGUGGUAACGAGUUCAGUUUACCCACUUGUGGUGUGGUCUGGCCUGCAACACUAACCCAACUCCUUCAUUUUACAGAAGGGGAAACUGAGGCUCAGAGGGCAUUUUUAAAUAGUGUUUUGAUCACUGUAUUGAGACUUCAUGUAGAAUUUUUAAACACUGUAUUUUAAGUCAUUCAUUGUAGGGAAAAUCGAAUUCCUAUUACAAAGGAGAGAAGCCAGAAUAUGUUCCGGUAAAGCAGCACUGGGAUUUCUGAAUUUUGCUGUGUAUUUGGCAUACAUAGUGCAAUAGGCCCUUUAUUAUUGCUGGGACGUAACCAGACCUGAUUUGUUAAGGGUCAAACAGCCUUAAGGGCAGAGAAUGUUAAAUUAUUAAAGGAUCUGAAAAUUGUGAAUUCUUUUUUUUAAAUCGUCACCUAUUUUCAAGACAAAUGCUGUAGACUGUUCCGUGGGAAUGAUACUGUAUAUUCUUUGAUGGCAUUUACCAAAAAUAAAUGGUCUCCAGGGAA